AUGGCUCAAGAGGAUUAUGAUCACGUUUACAAAAUUAUUCUCCUUGGCGAUGCAACAGUAGGAAAAUCGCACAUGCUUUGUCAAUACAUAAAGGGAACUGUACCAUCCCAAAGCAAGGCAACAAUUGGAGUAGAAUUUGCAACACGAACUGUUCCGCUCGCCUCUGGGGGCACUGUAAAGGCUCAAAUUUGGGACACAGCCGGUCAAGAACGAUAUCGCAGUAUAACAAGUGCACAUUAUAGAAGGGCCGUUGGUGCACUGUUGGUGUACGAUAUCACAAACCGUCAAAGCUUUCACAAUUGCAGAAAGUGGCUAAAAGAGUUGAGGAAUGCAGCAGAUGAUGAUAUUAUCAUUACACUUGUAGGGAACAAGGUUGAUCUGGUAGAAAGGGAUGAAUCCUUGAGACAGGUGCACGUAGAACAAGCAGCAAAAUUUGCGAGUGAAAAUAAUUUGACCUUUUACGAAGCAUCAGCAGUUACAAGCUAUAACGUCAAGAGAAUAUUUGAACAUUUGUUGCAAGAUGUUCAUGAUGUUAAAUCAAGAGUAGAUCCAGAAGUCGAAGAUAAAGUGGAAUAUAUACACAAUUUAUCAAGAAACAAUGAUAUUGGAUGCCUCGACCGUGGUCUAUGCAAUAGCGUCAGUGGCUGUAUCACCCAGUGA